AUGCCCUCUGAUUCUUUCUGUUUGGCUGCCCAGACUCGACUUGACUCCAAAUGGUUGAAAACAGAUAUACAGCUUGCUUUCACACGAGAUGGGCUCUGUGGCCUGUGGAAUGAAAUGGUUAAAGAUGGAGAAAUUGUAUAUACUGGGACAGAAUUAAACCAGAAUGGAGAGCUUCCUUCUAGAAAAGAUGAUGGAGUUGAUACUCAAAGUGGAACAAAGAAAGAAGAUCUGAAUGACAAAGAGAAAAGAGAUGAAGAAGAAACUCCUGCACCUGCAUGUAGGGCCAGAUCAAUCCUAGAGAGCUGGGUAUGGGGCAAACAACCAGAUGUGAAUGAAUUGAAGGAAUGUCUUUCUGUGUUGGUUAAAGAGCAGCAAGCUCUGGCCAUCCAGUCAGCCACUACCACCCUUUCAGCCCUGAGACUCAAGCAGAGGCUGGUCAUCUUGGAACGAUAUUUCAUUGCCUUGAAUAGAACUGUUUUCCAAGAGAAUGUCAAAGUUAAGUGGAAAAGCAGCAGUAUUUCUUUGCCUCCUGUGGACAAAAAAAGUUCCCGACCCACAGGCAAAGGAGUGGAAGGACUUGCGAGAGUCGGAUCCCGAGCAGCUCUCUCCUUUGCCUUUGCCUUUUUACGCAGGGCAUGGCGAUCAGGUGAAGAUGCGGAUCUAUGCAGCGAGCUAUUGCAGGAGUCCCUGGAUGCCCUGAGAGCCCUGCCUGAGGCCUCGCUCUUUGAUGAGAGCACAGUGUCCUCUGUGUGGCUGGAGGUGGUAGAGAGAGCAGCCAAGUUCCUUAGAUCCGUCGUGACAGGAGAUGUUCAUGGAACGCCUGGUACCAAAGGGCCAGGAAGCAUCCCCCUGCAGGACCAGCACCUGGCUCUGGCCAUUCUGUUAGAGCUGGCUGUGCAGAGAGGCACACUGAGCCAAAUGUUAUCUGCCAUCCUGUUGUUGCUUCAAUUGUGGGACAGUGGGACGCAGGAAACUGACAAUGAGCGGUCUGCCCAGGGUACCAGUGCUCCUCUUCUCCCUUUACUGCAAAGAUUCCAGAGUAUCAUCUGCAGUAAAGAUGCCCCUCAUACAGAAGGUGACACUCACGGAUCAUUGCAAGAGGUCAUAGGAUGGGGGUUAAUAGGAUGGAAAUACUAUGCCAAUGUGAUUGGUCCAAUUCAGUGUGAAGGACUUGCCAAUCUGGGAGUCACGCAAAUUGCCUGUGCUGAGAAGCGCUUCCUGAUCUUGUCAAGGAAUGGCCGUGUGUACACGCAGGCCUACAACAGUGACACACUGGCCCCACAGCUGGUCCAGGGUCUUGCCUCCAGAAACAUUGUAAAGAUUGCUGCCCAUUCUGAUGGUCACCACUACCUGGCUCUGGCAGCCACCGGAGAGGUGUACUCCUGGGGCUGUGGGGAUGGAGGACGGUUGGGCCAUGGGGACACUGUGCCUUUGGAAGAGCCUAAGGUGAUCUCUGCUUUCUCUGGAAAGCAGGCUGGGAAGCAUGUGGUGCACAUCGCAUGUGGAAGCACAUAUAGUGCAGCCAUCACUGCCGAGGGGGAGCUGUACACCUGGGGCCGAGGGAACUACGGCCGACUAGGCCAUGGCUCCAGUGAAGACGAGGCCAUCCCAGUGCUGGUAGCUGGGCUUAAAGGAUUGAAGGUCAUUGAUGUGGCAUGCGGGAGCGGGGACGCUCAAACCCUGGCCGUGACAGAGAAUGGUCAGGUGUGGUCUUGGGGAGAUGGUGACUAUGGAAAAUUGGGCAGAGGUGGUAGUGACGGCUGCAAAACACCAAAGCUUAUUGAAAAGCUUCAAGACUUGGAUGUUGUGAAAGUCCGAUGUGGAAGUCAGUUUUCUAUCGCUUUGACGAAAGAUGGCCAGGUUUAUUCAUGGGGAAAAGGUGACAAUCAGAGACUAGGGCAUGGAACAGAGGAACAUGUUCGUUAUCCCAAACUCUUGGAAGGCUUGCAAGGGAAGAAGGUAAUUGAUGUGGCUGCAGGCUCCACCCACUGCCUGGCUCUGACUGAGGACAGUGAGGUCCAUAGCUGGGGCAGCAACGACCAGUGUCAGCACUUUGACACCUUGCGUGUGACCAAACCAGAACCUGCUGCACUGCCAGGACUGGAUACCAAACACAUAGUUGGAAUUGCCUGUGGACCUGCUCAGAGUUUUGCUUGGUCGUCUUGUUCUGAGUGGUCCAUUGGCCUCCGUGUCCCUUUUGUGGUAGAUAUCUGCUCAAUGACUUUUGAGCAGCUGGACCUCCUACUACGGCAAGUGAGUGAGGGGAUGGACGGCACUGCUGACUGGCCUCCACCUCAAGAGAAAGAAUGUAUGGCUGUGGCAACACUGAAUCUUCUACGACUUCAGUUGCAUGCUGCCAUUAGUCACCAGGUUGACCCAGAAUUCCUUGGUUUAGGUCUGGGCAGCGUCCUCCUCAACAGCCUGAAACAGACUGUGGUGUCUCUGGCCAGCAGUGCAGGUGUGCUGAGCACCGUGCAGGCAGCUGCCCAGGCUGUGCUGCAGAGUGGGUGGUCCGUGCUUCUGCCCACUGCUGAGGAAAGGGCCCGGGCGCUCUCUGCUCUCCUGCCCUGUGCAGUUUCAGGCAAUGAAGUAAACAUAAGUCCAGGUCGUCGAUUCAUGAUUGAUCUUCUGGUGGGCAGCUUGAUGGCCGAUGGAGGCUUAGAGUCGGCCUUAAAUGCAGCCAUUACUGCAGAAAUCCAGGAUAUGGAAGCCAAAAAAGAAGCACAGAAGGAAAAAGAAAUUGAUGAACAGGAAGCCAGUGCCUCGACAUUUCAUAGAAGUAGGACUCCAUUGGAUAAAGAUCUUAUUAAUACUGGGAUCUAUGAAUCUUCUGGAAAACAGUGUUUGCCUCUGGUUCAGCUCAUACAACAGCUUCUUAGAAACAUUGCUUCUCAGACAGUAGCCAGAUUGAAAGAUGUUGCCCGUCGGAUUUCAUCAUGUCUAGACUUCGAGCAACAUAGUCGUGAAAGAACUGCUUCAUUGGAUUUGUUGCUGCGCUUUCAGCGCCUACUUAUCAGUAAACUUUAUCCAGGAGAAAGUAUUGGUCAGACCUCAGAUAUAUGUAGUCCUGAGCUUAUGGGUGUUGGUUCCUUGCUGAAGAAGUACACAGCCCUUUUGUGCACACACAUUGGAGAUAUACUGCCUGUGGCAGCCAGCAUUGCUUCCACCAGCUGGCGGCACUUUGCAGAGGUGGCCUGCAUUGUGGAAGGGGACUUCACUGGUGUUCUCCUUCCAGAACUAGUAGUUUCUAUAGUGCUUCUGCUCAGUAAAAAUGCUGGUCUCAUGCAGGAGGCUGGAGCUGUCCCUCUGCUGGGUGGCCUGUUAGAACACCUGGAUCGGUUCAAUCACCUUGCACCGGGAAAGGAAAGGGACGAUAAUGAAGAGUUAGCCUGGCCUGGCAUCAUGGAAUCAUUUUUUACAGGUCAGAACUGUAGAAAUAAUGAGGAGGUGACACAGAUACGCAAAGCUGAUUUGGAGAACCACAAUAAAGAUGGAGGCUUCUGGACUGUGAUUGAUGGGAAAGUAUAUGAUAUAAAGGACUUCCAGACACAGUCAUUAACAGGAAAUAGUAUUCUUGCUCAGUUUGCAGGGGAAGACCCAGUGGUAGCUUUGGAAGCUGCUUUGCAGUUUGAAGACACCCGGGAAUCAAUGCAUGCCUUCUGUGUUGGCCAGUAUCUGGAGCCUGACCAAGAAGUUGUUACCAUACCAGAUCUGGGAAGUCUCUCUUCACCUCUGAUAGACACAGAAAGGAAUCUGGGCCUACUUCUCGGAUUACAUGCUUCCUAUUUAGCUAUGAGCACACCACUGUCUCCGGUUGAGAUCGAAUGUGCCAAGUGGCUUCAGUCAUCCAUCUUCUCUGGAGGCCUACAGACCAGCCAGAUCCACUAUAGCUACAAUGAGGAGAAAGACGAGGACCAUUGUAGCUCUCCUGGAGGCACUCCUGCUAGCAAGUCCCGACUCUGCUCCCACAGACGGGCCUUAGGAGACCAUUCCCAGGCAUUCCUGCAAGCCAUUGCUGACAAUAACAUACAGGAUCACAAUGUGAAGGACUUUCUGUGUCAAAUAGAAAGGUACUGUAGGCAGUGCCAUUUGACCACACCAAUCACUUUUCCUCCUGAGCACCCUGUGGAAGAGGUUGGCCGCUUACUAUUAUGUUGCCUUUUAAAGCAUGAAGAUUUAGGUCACGUGGCAUUAUCUUUAGUUCACGCAGGAACCCUUGGUAUUGAGCAAGUAAAGCACAGAACAUUGCCUAAAUCAGUAGUGGAUGUUUGUAGAGUUGUUUACCAAGCAAAAUGCUCACUCAUUAAGACGCAUCAAGAACAGGGUCGUUCUUACAAGGAAGUCUGCGCUCCAGUCAUUGAACGUUUGAGAUUCCUCUUUAAUGAACUAAGACCUGCAGUUUGUAAUGAUCUCUCUAUAAUGUCCAAGUUUAAACUGUUAAGUUCUUUGCCCCGUUGGAGGAGGAUAGUUCAGAAGAUAAUUCGAGAACGAAGGAAAAAGAGAGUUCCUAAGAAGCCAGAAUCUACAGAUGAUGAAGAAAAAAUUGGAAAUGAAGAGAGUGAUUUAGAAGAAGCUUGCAUUUUGCCACAUAGUCCUAUAAAUGUGGAUAAAAGACCCAUUACAAUUAAAUCACCUAAGGAUAAAUGGCAACCACUGUUGAGUACCGUUACAGGUGUUCACAAAUACAAGUGGUUGAAGCAGAAUGUUCAGGGUCUCUAUCCACAGUCUGCGCUCCUCAGUACAAUUGCUGAAUUUGCCCUUAAGGAAGAGCCAGUGGAUGUGGAAAAAAUGAGAAAGUGCCUACUAAAACAGUUGGAGAGAGCAGAAGUUCGUCUGGAAGGGAUAGAUACAAUUUUAAAACUGGCAACCAAAAAUUUCUUACUUCCAUCUGUGCAGUAUGCUAUGUUCUGUGGAUGGCAGAGACUUAUUCCUGAGGGGAUUGAUAUAGGGGAACCUCUUACGGAUUGCCUAAAGGAUGUUGAUUUGAUCCCACCUUUUAAUCGGAUGCUGCUGGAAGUAACUUUUGGCAAGCUAUAUGCUUGGGCUGUUCAGAAUAUUCGAAAUGUUUUGAUAGAUGCAAAUGCAAAAUUUAAAGAGCUUGGACCAAAUAUUCAUCAUACUCCACCUUCAUUCUUCCUUUUACCAAACAAUACUUAUGCAAUAUUUCAGCUAGUCAAGGUUGUUCUAGAGAUUCCUACUGCUGCCAUCCCUGUGUCAGAGUCCCUAAGACCACGCCCAGAUUCAGUGCUUUGUGAGAAGACCUUAUCAGACUCCAGACUUGUUGGCUUACCUGCUGUUUUUGAUGCUCUGAUAGGUCCUAGUUGUGAUAAUGUUGAAGAGGAUAUGAAUGCUUCUGCCCGAGGAGCUUCUGCUACAGUUUUGGAAGAGACAAGAAAGGAAACAGCUCCUGUACAGCUGCCAGUUUCAGGGCCAGAACUGGCUGCCAUGAUGAAGAUUGGAACCAGGGUCAUGAGAGGCGUUGAUUGGAAAUGGGGUGAUCAGGAUGGACCUCCUCCUGGUCUUGGGCGUGUGAUUGGUGAACUUGGAGAGGACGGGUGGAUCAGGGUCCAGUGGGACACAGGCAGCACCAACUCCUACAGGAUGGGGAAAGAAGGGAAGUAUGACCUCAAGUUGGCGGAGCUGCCAGCCUCAACACAGCCCUCAGCAGAGGACUCGGACACAGAGGAUGACUCUGAAGCAGAACAAAUUGAAAGGAACAUUCAUCCCACUGCAAUGAUGCUUACCAGUACUGUUAAUUUACUACAAACUCUUUGUCUCUCUGCUGGAGUCCAUGCUGAAAUCAUGCAGAGUGAAGCCACCAAGACCCUGUGUGGACUGCUGCGAAUGUUAGUGGAAAGUGGAACGACGGACAAGACAUCUUCCCCAAACAGGCUGGUCUGCCGGGAGCAGCACCGGAGCUGGUGCACGUUGGGCUUUGUGCGGAGCAUUGCACUCACGCCACACAUGUGUGCUGCCCUCAGCUCCCCACAGUGGAUUGCCCUGCUCAUGAAGGUUGUGGAGGGACAUGCACCUUUCACUGCUGCCUCACUGCAGCGACAGAUCUUAGCUGUGCAUUUACUGCAAGCAGUGCUUCCAUCAUGGGACAAGAUCGAAAGGGCAAGGGACAUGAAAUGCCUUGUGGAAAAGCUGUUUGGUUUCUUGGGCAGCUUGCUCACCACCUGUUCUUCAGAUAUCCCGUUCCUCAGAGAAUCUACUCUGAGGCGGCGGAGGGCACGCCCACAGGCCUCUCUGACUGCCACUCAUAGCAGCACCUUGGCAGAAGAGGUGGUGGCACUGCUCCGCACACUCCACUCCCUGGGUCAGUGGAACGGCCUCAUAAACAAGUACAUCAACUCUCAGCUCCACUCUGUCACCCGCAGCUGCACAGGAAAGCCACCAGAGGGGGCCCUGUUAGAGGAUUACUUUCCUGACUCCGAAAACCCAGAGGUGGGGGGCCUCAUGGCAGUCCUAGCUGUGAUCGGAGGCAUCGAUGGUCGCCUGCGCCUGGGGGGACAAGUCAUGCAUGAUGAGUUUGGAGAAGGCACGGUGACUCGCAUCACCCCAAAGGGCAGGAUCACUGUACAGUUCUCAGACAUGCGGAUGUGUCGCGUUUGCCCAUUGAAUCAGCUCAAACCACUCCCUGCUGUGGCAUUCAGUGUCACCAACCUCCCCUUCACAGAGCCUAUGCUAUCUGUCUGGGCUCAAUUGGUAAACCUUGCUGGAAGCAAACUGGAAAAACACAAAGUAAAGAAGUCACCUAAACCGGGUUUUGCAGGACAAGUAGACCUGGAGCUGCUGAGGUGCCAGCAGUUAAAACUGUACAUCCUGAAGGCGGGCCGUGCGCUGCUUUCACACCAGGACCAGCUUAGGCAGAUCUUGUCUCAGCCGGCUGUUCAGGAGGUCACAGCUGCUCAUACAGAUGAUGGAGCAGCUGCAUCCCCUGACCUUGGGGACAUGUCUCCUGAAGGGCCACAGCCUCCAAUGAUCCUCUUGCAGCAGUUACUGGCCUCGGCCACCCAGCCAUCUCCAGUGAAGGCCAUAUUUGACAAACAGGAGCUAGAGGCUGCAGCACUGGCCGUAUGUCAGUGUUUGGCUGUGGAGUCCACUCACCCGUCAAGCCCUGUGUUUGAAGACUGCAGCUCCAGUGAGGCCACAACACCUGUCCCUGUACAGCAUGUUCGCCCUGUCAGAGCAAAGAAGCGCAAACAGUCACCUGCUCCUGCUCUGCCUAUUGUGGUUCAACUCAUGGAAAUGGGAUUUCCUAGAAGGAACAUAGAGUUUGCACUGAAGUCACUCACUGGUGCCUCAGGGAAUGCUGCUGGCUUGCCAGGUGUGGAGGCCUUGGUUGGGUGGCUGCUGGACCAUGCUGAUGUGCAGGUCACAGAUCUUUCGGAUGCAGACACAGGGUCUGAGGAGUGUUCAGAUGAGGAGGUGGUGGAAGAUAUGGACGAUGCAGCCUACGCUGUGUCUACUGGUGCUGUUGUAACAGAGAGCCAGACGUACAAAAAACGAGCUGAUUUCUUGAGUAAUGAUGAUUAUGCUGUCUAUGUGAGAGAGAAUAUUCAGGUGGGAAUGAUGGUUAGAUGCUGUCGAACAUAUGAAGAAGUGUGUGAAGGAGACGUGGGCAAAGUUAUCAAAUUGGAUAGAGAUGGAUUACAUGACCUUAAUGUGCAGUGUGAUUGGCAGCAGAAAGGAGGCACUUACUGGGUUAGGUAUAUUCAUGUGGAACUUAUAGGCUAUCCUCCACCAAGUUCUCCUUCUCACAUAAAGAUUGGUGAUAAAGUUCGUGUCAAAGCCUCAGUCACCACACCAAAAUACAAGUGGGGAUCUGUGACUCAUCAAAGUGUGGGGGUUGUAAAAGCUUUCAGUGCAAAUGGAAAAGAUGUCAUUGUCGACUUCCCUCAGCAGUCUCACUGGACCGGGCUGUUAUCAGAAAUGGAGUUGGUGCCUAGUGUUCAUCCUGGGGUUACGUGUGAUGGCUGUCAGAUGUUUCCUAUCAAUGGAUCUAGAUUCAAAUGCAGAAACUGUGAUGACUUUGAUUUUUGUGAAACAUGUUUUAAGACCAGAAAACACAACACCAGGCAUACAUUUGGCAGAAUAAAUGAACCAGGACAGUCUGCAAUAUUUUGUGGCCGUUCUGGAAAACAGCUGAAGCGUUGUCACAGCAGUCAGCCAGGAAUGCUGCUGGACAGCUGGUCCCGGAUGGUAAAGAGCCUAAAUGUGUCAUCCUCUGUGAACCAGGCUUCUCGUCUUAUUGAUGGCAGUGAGCCCUGCUGGCAGUCAUCUGGCUCACAAGGAAAGCAUUGGAUUCGUUUGGAGAUUUUCCCAGAUGUUCUUGUUCAUAGAUUAAAAAUGAUAGUUGAUCCUGCUGACAGUAGCUACAUGCCUUCCCUGGUUGUGGUGUCAGGUGGAAAUUCCCUAAAUAACCUAAUUGAACUAAAGACAAUCAACAUUAAUCCCACUGACACCACAGUGUCCCUUCUGAAUGACUGCACAGAGUAUCACAGGUAUAUUGAAAUUGCAAUAAAGCAGUGCAGGAGCUCAGGAAUUGAUUGUAAAAUUCAUGGUCUCAUCCUGCUGGGGCGGAUCCGUGCAGAGGAGGAAGAUUUAGCUGCAGUUCCUUUCUUAGCCUCUGAUAAUGAAGAGGAAGAAGAUGAAAAAGGAAACAGUGGGAGCCUUAUUAGAAAGAAGGCUGCAGGGCUGGAAUCAGCGGCUACAAUAAGAACCAAAGUGUUUGUGUGGGGACUGAAUGACAAGGACCAGCUGGGCGGCCUGAAGGGCUCUAAGAUAAAAGUUCCUUCGUUCUCGGAGACACUAUCUGCUUUGAAUGUAGUACAGGUGGCUGGUGGUUCUAAAAGUUUGUUUGCAGUGACUGUGGAAGGGAAGGUAUAUGCCUGUGGAGAAGCCACAAAUGGCCGGCUGGGGCUGGGCAUCUCUAGUGGGACUGUGCCCAUCCCUCGGCAGAUUACAGCUCUUAGCAGUUACGUGGUCAAGAAGGUGGCCGUUCAUUCAGGUGGCCGGCAUGCUACGGCUUUAACGGUUGAUGGGAAGGUGUUUUCCUGGGGUGAAGGUGACGAUGGCAAACUUGGACACUUCAGCAGAAUGAACUGUGACAAGCCACGGCUUAUAGAGGCCCUGAAAACCAAGCGUAUCCGAGAUAUUGCCUGUGGCAGCUCGCACAGCGCAGCCCUCACAUCCAGUGGGGAGCUGUACACCUGGGGCCUUGGAGAGUAUGGCCGAUUGGGACAUGGGGAUAAUACAACACAACUGAAGCCCAAAAUGGUCAAAGUCCUUCUUGGUCACAGAGUAAUCCAGGUUGCAUGUGGAAGUAGAGAUGCACAGACCCUGGCUCUGACUGAUGAAGGUUUGGUAUUUUCCUGGGGUGAUGGUGACUUUGGAAAAUUGGGCCGAGGAGGAAGUGAAGGCUGUAACAUUCCCCAGAACAUUGAGAGACUGAAUGGACAGGGUGUGUGCCAGAUUGAGUGUGGAGCUCAGUUCUCCUUGGCUCUCACCAAGUCAGGAGUGGUAUGGACUUGGGGGAAGGGGGAUUACUUCAGGUUGGGCCAUGGCUCUGAUGUGCAUGUGCGGAAGCCGCAGGUGGUGGAAGGGCUGAGAGGCAAGAAGAUUGUGCAUGUGGCCGUCGGGGCCCUGCACUGCCUAGCCGUCACAGACGCAGGGCAGGUUUAUGCUUGGGGGGAUAAUGACCAUGGCCAACAGGGCAAUGGUACGACCACGGUUAAUAGAAAGCCCACACUUGUGCAAGGCUUAGAAGGCCAGAAGAUCACACGAGUGGCUUGUGGGUCUUCACACAGUGUGGCAUGGACUACUGUUGAUGUGGCAACACCCUCUGUCCACGAGCCUGUUCUCUUUCAGACUGCAAGAGACCCUUUAGGUGCUUCAUAUUUAGGUGUGCCUUCAGAUGCUGAUUCUUCUGCUGCCAGUAAUAAAAUCAGUGGUGCAAAUAAUUCUAAGCCAAAUCGCCCUUCUCUUGCCAAGAUUCUUCUGUCAUUGGAUGGGAAUCUGGCGAAACAGCAGGCCUUGUCUCAUAUACUUACAGCAUUGCAAAUCAUGUAUGCCAGAGAUGCGGUGGUCGGGGCCCUCAUGCCGGCUGGCAUGAUCGCCCCAGUGGAGUGUCCCUCAUUCUCCUCCUCGGCACCUCCUUCUGAUGUGUCUGCUAUGGCCAGUCCUGUGAAUGCAGAGGAAUGUGUACUGGCUAUUGAUAUUGAAGACAGACUGAGUCCAAAUCCAUGGCAAGAAAAGAGAGGAGAGAUGAUCUCUUCUGAAGAUGCCAUGACCCCCUCUGCAGUGACCCCAUCUGCUUCCUCAGCUUCUUCUAGACCAUUUAUCCCAGUGACGGAUGACCCAGGAGCUGCCAGCAUCAUUGCAGAAACUAUGACAAAAACCAAAGAGGAUGUUGAAAGCCAAAAUAAAGCAACAGGCCCAGAACCUCAGUCCUUGGAUGAAUUCACUAGUCUGCUCAUUGCGGAUGACACUCGUGUCAUGGUGGACUUGCUGAAGUUGUCCGUGUGCAGCCGGGCAGGGGACAAGGGCAGGGAUGUGCUGUCAGCUGUGCUGUCUGGCAUGGGUACCGCAUACCCACAGGUGGCAGAUAUGUUGCUGGAGCUCUGUGUCACUGAGUUGGAGGAUGUGGCCACAGACUCGCAGAGUGGUCGCUUGUCCUCUCAGCCUGUGGUGGUGGAGAGUAGCCAUCCCUACACAGACGACACUUCCUCCAGUGGAACAGUGAAGAUACCAGGUGCAGAAGGACUCAGGGUGGAGUUUGACCGGCAGUGCUCUACAGAGAGGCGCCACGACCCUCUCACAGUCAUGGAUGGUGUCAACAGGAUUGUCUCCGUGCGGUCAGGCCGAGAAUGGUCUGACUGGUCCAGUGAGCUACGCAUCCCAGGGGAUGAGUUGAAGUGGAAGUUCAUCAGUGAUGGGUCUGUGAAUGGAUGGGGCUGGCGCUUCACAGUCUAUCCCAUCAUGCCAGCUGCAGGCCCUAAAGACCUCCUUUCUGAUCGCUGUGUCCUCUCCUGUCCGUCCAUGGACUUGGUGACAUGUCUGUUAGACUUCCGGCUCAAUCUCACCUCAAACAGAAGCAUUGUCCCUCGCCUUGCAGCAUCGCUGGCAGCCUGUGCACAGCUGAGUGCCUUAGCUGCCAGUCACAGAAUGUGGGCCCUUCAGAGACUGAGGAAGCUGCUUACAACUGAAUUUGGGCAAUCAAUUAACAUAAACAGGCUACUUGGAGAUAAUGAUGGAGAAGCAAGAGCUUUGAGUUUUACAGGUAGUGCUCUUGCUGCUUUGGUAAAAGGCCUUCCGGAAGCUUUGCAAAGGCAAUUUGAAUAUGAAGAUCCUAUUGUAAGAGGUGGCAAGCAACUGCUCCACAGCCCAUUCUUUAAGGUACUGGUAGCUCUUGCUUGUGACCUGGAGCUAGACACUCUCCCUUGCUGUGCUGAGACGCACAAGUGGGCUUGGUUCCGAAGGUACUGCAUGGCCUCCCGCGUUGCUGUGGCCCUGGACAAAAGAACACCCUUGCCACGUCUUUUUCUUGAUGAGGUGGCUAAGAAAAUUCGUGAGUUAAUGGCAGACAGUGAACACAUGGAUGUUCUCCACGAGAGCCACGACAUUUUUAAAAGAGAGCAAGAUGAACAACUUGUGCAGUGGAUGAACAGGCGACCAGAUGACUGGACUCUUUCUGCGGGUGGCAGUGGAACAAUUUAUGGAUGGGGGCAUAAUCAUAGGGGACAGCUUGGGGGCAUCGAAGGUGCAAAAGUUAAAGUUCCCACUCCAUGUGAAGCUCUUGCAACUCUCAGACCCGUGCAGUUAAUUGGAGGAGAACAGACUCUGUUUGCAGUGACAGCUGAUGGAAAGCUGUAUGCCACUGGAUAUGGUGCAGGCGGCAGACUAGGAAUUGGAGGGACAGAGUCGGUAUCUACCCCAACAUUACUUGAAUCCAUUCAACACGUGUUUAUUAAGAAAGUAGCUGUGAACUCAGGAGGAAAACACUGUCUUGCCCUCUCUUCAGAAGGAGAAGUUUACUCUUGGGGUGAGGCAGAAGAUGGGAAGUUGGGGCAUGGCAACAGAAGUCCAUGUGACCGCCCUCGCGUCAUUGAGUCUCUGAGAGGAAUUGAAGUGGUUGAUGUUGCUGCCGGUGGAGCCCACAGUGCCUGUGUCACCGCAGCAGGGGACCUCUACACAUGGGGCAAAGGCCGGUAUGGCCGCCUGGGGCACAGCGACAGUGAGGACCAGUUAAAGCCAAAGCUGGUGGAAGCACUGCAGGGCCACCACGUGGUUGAUGUUGCCUGUGGUAGUGGAGAUGCCCAGACCCUCUGUCUCACUGAUGAUGACACUGUCUGGUCCUGGGGGGAUGGGGACUACGGCAAGCUUGGCAGAGGAGGCAGUGAUGGCUGUAAAGUACCCAUGAAGAUUGAUUCUCUUACAGGCCUUGGAGUGGUUAAAGUAGAAUGUGGAUCCCAGUUUUCUGUUGCCCUUACCAAAUCUGGCGCUGUUUAUACAUGGGGCAAAGGUGACUAUCACAGGCUGGGCCAUGGAUCUGAUGACCAUGUUAGAAGACCUCGGCAGGUUCAGGGGUUGCAGGGGAAGAAAGUCAUUGCCAUUGCCACUGGCUCCCUGCAUUGUGUGUGCUGCACUGAGGACGGUGAAGUUUAUACGUGGGGCGACAAUGAUGAGGGACAACUGGGAGAUGGAACCACAAAUGCUAUCCAGAGGCCUCGGUUGGUAGCUGCCCUUCAGGGUAAGAAGGUCAACCGGGUGGCCUGCGGCUCAGCACACACCCUUGCCUGGUCAACCAGCAAGCCUGCCAGUGCUGGGAAGCUGCCUGCCCAGGUUCCCAUGGAAUACAAUCACUUGCAGGAAAUCCCCAUAAUAGCACUGCGGAACCGACUGCUGCUUCUGCAUCACAUCUCAGAGCUCUUCUGCCCCUGUAUCCCCAUGUUCGACCUGGAGGGCUCUCUUGAUGAAACUGGACAUGGGCCUUCUGUGGGGUUUGACACUCUACGAGGAAUUCUGAUAUCCCAGGGAAAGGAGGCAGCUUUCCGUAAAGUAGUACAAGCAACUAUGGUGCGAGAUCGCCAGCAUGGGCCCGUGGUAGAGUUGAACCGAAUUCAGGUCAAACGUUCAAGGAGUAAAGGUGGCCUAGCAGGCCCCGACGGGACCAAGUCUGUCUUUGGGCAGAUGUGUGCUAAGAUGAGCUCGUUUAGUCCUGACAGCCUCCUCCUCCCCCACCGUGUCUGGAAAGUCAAGUUUGUGGGUGAAUCUGUGGAUGACUGUGGUGGUGGCUACAGUGAGUCCAUAGCUGAGAUCUGUGAAGAACUGCAGAAUGGACUCACCCCCCUUCUGAUUGUGACGCCCAAUGGUAGAGAUGAGUCAGGUGCCAACCGUGACUGCUACCUGUUCAGCCCGGCUGCUAGGGCGCCCGUGCACACCAACAUGUUCCGCUUUCUGGGUGUGUUACUAGGCAUUGCUAUCCGGACUGGGAGUCCCUUGAGCCUCAACCUGGCUGAGCCUGUUUGGAAGCAGCUGGCUGGGAUGAGCCUCACCAUUGCAGACCUCAGCGAGGUUGAUAAAGAUUUUAUCCCUGGGCUGAUGUACAUCCGUGACAAUGAAGCCACCUCAGAGGAGUUUGAGGCCAUGAGCCUGCCCUUCACUGUGCCAAGUGCAAGUGGUCAGGACAUCCAGCUGAGCUCCAAGUACACACACAUCACCCUGGACAACCGUGCAGAGUAUGUUCGGCUGGCAAUAAACUACAGACUCCAUGAAUUUGAUGAGCAGGUGGCUGCUGUUCGGGAGGGAAUGGCCCGAGUUGUGCCUGUCCCCCUUCUUUCUCUGUUCACUGGAUAUGAAUUGGAGACAAUGGUAUGUGGCAGCCCAGAUAUACCUCUGCAUCUUUUAAAGUCGGUGGCAACAUACAAAGGGAUCGAGCCUUCUGCAUCCCUGAUUCAGUGGUUCUGGGAGGUGAUGGAGUCCUUCUCCAACACAGAGCGUUCCCUCUUCCUUCGCUUUGUGUGGGGCCGGACGAGACUGCCCAGGACCAUCGCAGACUUCCGGGGCAGAGACUUUGUCAUCCAGGUAUUGGAUAAAUACAACCCUCCUGACCACUUCCUUCCUGAGUCCUACACCUGCUUCUUUUUGCUGAAGUUGCCUAGGUAUUCCUGUAAGCAGGUGCUGGAGGAGAAGCUGAAAUAUGCCAUCCACUUUUGCAAAUCAAUAGACACAGAUGAUUACGCUCGCAUAGCCCUUACGGGAGAGCCGGCUGCCGAUGACAGUAGUGACGACUCGGAGAACGAGGAUGUGGAUUCAUUUGCUUCAGACUCUACACAGGAUUAUUUAACAGGACACUGA